AUGACAAAGCGAUGUGCAGAGUCCGGGCUUCCUGAUCCCAGCAGCAAACGGACAAGAAAAAAGGCCGACUUAGCAGAUGCACUUCGACAAGCUUGCGAUCCUUGCUUUGUGCCCUUCGGUGGCAGCCCACCUUGCCGGUUUCCACAUGCAAACGGGGUGAGCCAGCAGGCCAUUUCGGCCAUGAAGGAGUUGGUCAAGAGCUUUACUACCAUGCCCCGAACCUUAUACAGGCGGAAGGAUGUCGACCUGAAGCAGGAACUCCGGAAGAUCUGCACCUCAGAAGCUGGUGUCGUCAAGUGGUGCGACUUUGCACGAGUAUUCCAAAGCUUUCAUCCAAAUGUUGCCAUUGAGGCCGUGUCCGAGAUUUGGGCCUUUCUUGGCGGGGGUGAGGAGCAGCCGCUACACACUUUUUUUCGGUACUGCCUCCCCAGAGGGGAGCGCUUGCCCUUGGUAUCCCUUCUCUCCGCCGAAGAAGAAGCGAAGAGUAUGGCUUGCGCGGACCUCGAGGCGCAUGCCUUGUCCCGGGCUGACUUGUCGAAGGCUCAUGCAGCAUUGGCAGCAGAACACGCUGCGCUUGAUCGAGCUGUUCUGAGCGUGGUGGUGCAGUCCAUGUCACUUGGCGUACCAGAAAACCGUCCAGAACAGUCAGAACAGGUGAAGCACCCAUCGCGUUCCUGUGUCUGGUGUCGUGUGGAGGAUGCUGAUCAUUUAUUGGUCCCCUGUGGACACGUGUGUUAUUGCCACGGCUGCGUGCAGAAGUUGAGAGGUGAAUGGAAAGAGAAGUGCCCCGUCUGCAGGCGCUUUUACAGGGAGGUUGUAAGAGUGUUUGCUUAG